AUGGGUGUGUGUAGUUCUCCACAGCUUUCUUCUUUUGUCUUUGCUUACUUCAUGAUUUUUCUGCUUCUCUUCUCUUCAAUGUAUCCUUUUCUGAAAACUAUCUUUCACUCUUCCCUUGCAAGCAACAUUCACUCUUCCCCUGCAAGCAACAUUCACUCUUCCCCUGCAAGCAACAUUCACUCUUCCCCUGCAAGCAACAUUCACUCUUCCCUUGCAAGCAACAUUCACUCUUCCCUUGCAAGCAACAUUCACUCUUCCCUUGCAAGCAACAUUCACUCUUCCCCUGCAAGCAACAUUCACUCUUCCCUUGCAUGCAACAUUCACUCUUCCCCUGCAAGCAACAUUCACUCUUCCCCUGCAAGCAACAUUCACUCUUCCCUUGCAUGCAACAUUCACUCUUCCCCUGCAAGCAACAUUCACUCUUCCCUUGCAUGCAACAUUCACUCUUCCCCUGCAAGCAACAUUCCUCUUCCCUUGCAUGCAACAUUCACUCUUCCCCUGCAAGCAACAUUCCUCUUCCCUUGCAUGCAACAUUCCUCUUCCCCUGCAAGCAACAUUCACUCUUCCCUUGCAUGCAACAUUCACUCUUCCCCUGCAAGCAACAUUCACUCUUCCCUUGCAAGCAACAUUCCUCUUCCCCUGCAAGCAACAUUCACUCUUCCCCUGCAAGCAACAUUCACUGUUCCUUGCAUGCAACAUUCACUCUUCCCCUGCAAGCAACAUUCAUUCACUCUUCCCCUGCAAGCAACAUUCACUCUUCCCUUGCAAGCAACAUUCCUCUUCCCCUGCAAGCAACAUUCACUCUUCCCUUGCAUGCAACAUUCACUCUUCCCCUGCAAGCAACAUUCACUCUUCCCUUGCAUGCAACAUUCACUCUUCCCCUGCAAGCAACAUUCACUCUUCCCUUGCAUGCAACAUUCACUCUUCCCCUGCAAGCAACAUUCACUCUUCCCUUGCAUGCAACAUUCACUCUUCCCCUGCAAGCAACAUUCACUCUUCCCUUGCAAGCAACAUUCACUCUUCCCCUGCAAGCAACAUUCACUCUUCCCUUGCAUGCAACAUUCACUCUUCCCCUGCAAGCAACAUUCACUCUUCCCCUGCAAGCAACAUUCACUCUUCCUUGCAUGCAACAUUCCUCUUCCCCUGCAAGCAACAUUCCUCUUCCCCUGCAAGCAACAUUCACUCUUCCCCUGCAAGCAACAUUCACUCUUCCCUUGCAAGCAACAUUCACUCUUCCCUUGCAAGCAACAUUCACUCUUCCCCUGCAAGAAACAUUCACCCUUCCUUGCAAGCAACAUUCACUCUUCCCCUGCAAGCAACAUUCACUCUUCCCUUGCAUGCAACAUUCACUCUUCCCCUGCAAGCAACAUUCACUCUUCCCUUGCAAGCAACAUUCACUCUUCCCCUGCAAGCAACAUUCACUCUUCCCCUGCAAGCAACAUUCACUCUUCCCCUGCAAGCAACAUUCCUCUUUCCCUUGCAUGCAACAUUCACUCUUCCCCUGCAAGCAACAUUCACUCUUCCCCUGCAAGCAACAUUCACUCUUCCCUUGCAAGCAACAUUCACUCUUCCCCUGCAAGCAACAUUCACUCUUCCCUUGCAUGCAACAUUCACUCUUCCCCUGCAAGCAACAUUCACUCUUCCCCCUUGCAAGCAACAUUCACUCUUCCCCUGCAAGCAACAUUCACUCUUCCCUUGCAUGCAACAUUCCUCUUCCCCUGCAAGCAACAUUCACUCUUCCCUGCAAGCAACAUUCACUCGUCCCCUGCAAGCAACAUUCACUCUUCCCCUGCAAGCAACAUUCACUCUUCCCCUGCAAGCAACAUUCACUCUUCCCCUGCAAGCAACAUUCACUCUUCCCCUGCAAGCAACAUUCACUCUUCCCUUGCAAGCAACAUUCACUCUUCCCCUGCAAGCAACAUUCACUCUUCCCUUGCAAGCAACAUUCACUCUUCCCUUGCAAGCAAUAUUCACUCUUCCCCUGCAAGCAACAUUCACUCUUCCCCUGCAAGCAACAUUCACUCUUCCCCUGCAAGCAACAUUCACUCUUCCCCUGCAAGCAACAUUCACUCUUCCCCUGCAACAUUAACACUGUAUUUUUUCCUUAUUUCAUUUACUAAAGUUAUUGUUAACAUGCUGUAG